GUUCCUGCCACGACGUCCCAAGUUUUCCAACUUCCAUCUCCAACAAUCCCGUCACCUCGGUACACCAUGGCGUAGCAAUGUGGACGGACGUGGAAAGUACUGGUCGCCAAGGAGAAGUUCAGAAAACAAGUUACGUUAGCGUGGAAGUACUGUAAACAAUCAACAAACUCACGGGAAUCUCACAUCUCUUCGAGCAGACUUUCGGUUCAUCAGUGACUAAAGAUGAUGGCGGAUGCCAGCGACAUGUUGGCAGCUGCCCUAGAGCAGAUGGAUGGCAUUAUAGCAGGCUCCAAGGCCCUGGACUACUCCAAUGGGCUGUAUGACUGUCAGUCACCCACCUCUCCUUUCAUGGGCAGCCUGCGGGCGCUUCACCUUUUGGAAGACCUCAGGAGCGUCCUGGAGUUGAUGGACACGGAGGAAAGGGAGAGUCUACGCUGCCAGAUCCCCGACUCAACGGCGGACAGUCUGGUCGAGUGGCUCCACGGUCACUUGUCCAACGGGCACAUCUCUCUGAGCGGGGCUGACCACUACCAGGAAAGGCUGUCUCGAAUAGAAUGUGACAAGGAGUCACUGGUUCUUCAGGUGAGCGUGCUGACAGACCAGGUGGAGGCUCAGGGGGAGAAGAUUCGAGACCUGGACUUGUGCUUGGAUGAGCACAGGGACAAACUCAACGCCACUGAGGAGAUGCUACAACAGGAGCUUCUGUGCAGGAGUGCACUGGAGACCCAGAAGCUAGAUCUGAUUUCUGAAGUGUCCAAGCUGAAGCUGAACAACGUGGAGAAGGACAGACUUGAUUUUGAUGAUAGAUUUAGGGAUAGUGAGGAUUUCAUUCUUGAAAUUAAUGAACUGCGGUACAGAUUGACUGAGCUGGAGAGUGAAAAACAACAGUAUGAGAAGAAGCUUAGAUCCACAAAGUCGCUAAUGGCCAAGCUUUCUAGCCUGAAAAUCAAUGUCGGCCAGAUGCAGUAUGAGAAACAGAGGAAGGAGCUCAAACUCCAGGCUAUGCAGGAGGAGCUAGCCAUACUGAGGAGGCACCUGGAGGGCAAAGACGGAGAGAUGAGGAGACUGCAGGAUGAGACGGGCUUCAAAGCCGUCUCCUCGAGCAGCUCAGAUCCCACAGAGAGAGUCUCUCAUCCAGAUGAAACUCUUAGAAAGAGGCUGAAAGAAAAACAUGUGGAAGUGCAGAGAAUGAAAAAGGCAGUUGAGUCGUUGAUGGCGGCCAAUGAGGAGAAGGAUCGUAAGAUUGAUGAACUAAAGCAGUCGCUGCUGCGGUAUAAGAAGGUUCAAGAGAUGGUGAUGUCAGUGCAAGGGAAGAAAGAGAAAAGCAAAGAUACCGAGCACAUCGAGAGUCAUGGUGAUGAAUCCAUUGCAUUCUUUUCAACCGACGCUGUGUUUGCGGAGUCAGUAAAGUAUGAAGUUACAGAUGUUAACCAACUGAACAGGAGGAGCCCAGAUGAGUUGGAGAUCCUCAAUGGACUGAAUGAAGAGCCUUCACCCACACCUUCAGAUCCAGAAGCAGCAUCAGAGUCGGCACCAACAGAUGUGGAAAGCAGCCGAGAUGCUACAAAGACUGUCAGCCAGGACCAGCUGGAUAGGAGCAAUAAUCAAAAGAAUGCCAGGGAAGAGAUCAGUGCAAAGCCGCCCAUGAGUCCCUCGGCCACCUCGCCUGCCACCACAGAGGAAGACAGCUUUGGCUCGAGAAAGGCUCGUUCAUCCUUCGGAAAGGGCUUCUUCAAGAUCCGUGGGGGCAAGAAGACAGCCAGUACCCCUAACCUCGACCGCAACCGGAGUGCAAGUGCGCCUAUGCUAGCUGAAACGGAGCGACAGGGCACGGACCAUCUGGAUCUGGCCGGGCUGCCACAGAGGUCGGCUAACAGCGACAGCACCAACACGCUCUCUACGACCCCAGAGAGCAGGAAGAAAUCCAAAGGAAUAAAGAAACUCUUUGGGAAGCUAAAAAGGAGUCAGUCUACCACGUUUAACCUGGAUGACAACCUACCAGAAGGUGACUUCAAGAGAGGUGGAGUGCGAGCCACAGCAGGACCUAGAUUGGGUUGGUCUCGUGACCUCAAAAGAGAAAACAACGAUGUUGAUGCUCCUUUUGCACGCUGGUCAAAGGAUCAGGUGUGCGACUGGCUGCAGGGCCAGGGUCUCGGCCUUUAUGUGAACAUGGCUCGUGUGUGGAUCUCCUCCGGACAGACGCUGCUGCAGGCCUCACAGCAUGACCUGGAGAGGGAGCUGGGCAUCAAACACCUGCUGCACAGAAAGAAGCUGCAGCUGGCUCUGCAGGCCCUGGGCUCAGAGGAGGAGGAUAAUAAGGGAAAGCUGGACUACAACUGGGUGACGAGAUGGCUGGAUGACAUUGGUCUGCCUCAGUAUAAGACCCAAUUUGAUGAGGGGAGGGUGGAUGGUCGCAUGCUGCACUACAUGACAGUGGAUGACCUGCUUUCUCUGAAAGUGGGGAGUGUCCUGCAUCACCUCAGUAUCAAGAGAGCUAUCCAAGUGCUCCGACUCAACAACUACGAGCCCAACUGCUUGCGUCGUAGGCCGUCUGACGAGAACAAUAUUUCUCCAGCAGAGAUUUCCCAGUGGACCAACCAUAGGGUUAUGGAGUGGCUGCGGUCUGCAGACCUUGCUGAAUACGCUCCCAACCUGAGAGGCAGCGGCGUGCACGGAGGCCUGAUGGUUCUGGAGCCACGGUUCAACGCGGAGACCAUGGCUUUGCUGCUGAACAUCCCCCCCAACAAGACGUUGCUACGCCGUCACCUCGCCACACAUUACAACCUGCUCAUUGGCUCAGAGGCCCAGCAGCUCAAACAGGAGUGUCUAGAAAACCCAGACUACACUCUGCUAACUGCCACCACGAAGGUCAAGCCAAGAAAACUGUCAUUUGGUAACUUUGGCAGUCUGAGGAGGAAAAAGCAGGAAGAGACGGAGGAGUACGUGUGUCCGAUGGAUGUGGAGAUGCCAAAGGGACGAAGCUUUCAGAAAGGCUUCGAGCUCCAAAUCUACGAGGACGACAUGGACCGGCUAGAACAGAUGGAGGACUCUGAGGGAACUGUGAGACAGAUCGGAGCUUUCUCUGAGGGUAUUCAAAACCUGACGAGCAUGUUGAAAGAUGAUGAGUUCUUCAACGAGGCGUCAAAUUCACCAAACCCCAGUGUAACGGACGAGGACUCCACCGCAUGAGAGCGUCGGCACCAUGAGACCGGGUCCUGCUGUGAAUGAAACUCUGUGCCAAUCCUCUCCACUCGCACAGAGACUUGUCUCGACAAACCCCAACAAUGCUCCCACAUUUCUUCUUAGUGUUACAUUCAAAGAUGAGCCAAAAGUAUUAGUGUUUUUUACUUUGUUGUUUAGUUUUAAACGAUGGUGUUGUGACAGCCUACAGUCCAGAGUUAGCCACUAUAUCACUCAUGAACUUUGUCUCCGUUACUGGCGUCUGAUGACAGCUCGGGAACCUUUAGGGCAACACCACUGCUUGCCUACCAGCUGGUUUCUGGAGAUAUUUUGUACUCUGUUGUGUACUGGCACAUUUCUAUUUAUGAUAGAACGGAAGUGUCAACCAGCAGAAAAAGUAUGCCAAUAUAGAUUUUAAUAUAUGUCUUUUAAAUUCCUUCCUGACUGAAAAAAGAAGUGAUAUGCUGAGAAGAUUUUCCCAUUUUUAGAAGUUGGUGUAAAGUAAUAACUCCGAAACAGCUGCUAUGUUUUCUACAGAACUAAACCCUGCUAAUAACACAGGAAUUGUCAUAUAUUUUAUUUUACAGGUUUUCACUCAACAGUAAUAUUCGACAUGUAUUUGCACCAAUGCAUAUCAUACAACACAAUGCCUAAUGAAUAAUCAUUGCAUGGUAUUGGAAUUCAACACAUUUACAGUAUAUAAGUUCUUGUUUUUAAUUUUUUUUUAUUUUCUACUAUAAAUAGAUUUUUAAUGGAACCCGUAUUUUGGAAAGCGUUGUUGCAUAUUCAGAUUUGUGAGCUAACAUAAUGUCUGAUUUAUUCGAAAUAAUAAUGUUAUAAUGCAA